UGUAAUCUUGUUUCUGCUAGGUGGCAACGUCUUUCAAAAAACUAAUAUAAACAGAAGAGAAUUUUGCAAAUUAAUGCUUGAUAAAUAAAUACACUUAAAAGUAAUUCAAGCGGAGCGUGUUAUUGACGUUGUUAGCAGAGAAAGAAAGAAUUUAAGUCUAAGCGACUGAUAAAUAUAUAUAUAAAUAGUUGAUCAACAUGGAAAGUGGGAGUAGCUCGAGCUCCACGUCUGGAAGCACAUCAUCCAGUGGAUCUUCCAGUUGCACGGACACAGGCAGCUCCUCAGACACCGACAGUAGUAGCACCGACGUUGCGGGUCCCGAGGAGAAGCCACAACAGACAAAAACACAACAAAGCGCAGUGCGACGCAAAAUUCCAAUGGAUAAUGAAAAGCCAAAGGGCGCAGGAAGCACCGCGUUGACGUCGGCAGCGAGCAAGGUGCGUUCUGUGGUGGCGGCCAGCAAUCAACGUAAUGGCGGCCUUUCCAGCGACGAUGAUGACGACGACGACGACGAUGCGCCGCCAGCCAAGAAGAAUCCACGUACAAUGAACAAUACGGUGGCCACAGCUGCAGCCCGAAGGAAGCCCUCGACGACCACGGCGCCAAAGCAGACAGCUGGGGGAUUAGCAGCGGCCAAGCCAAGCAAAAGCAAUAACCCGUCUCAGCGCAAUGGGGACAAUAAGCGACCCUCUUUAAGCUCCUCCUCGAACAGCACCGACGAAUCACACAGAGAGGUGAAAAAUGGACGCAAAGUGCCGCUGAAGCUGGCGAGCACGGCGACGGCUGUGCGGGCCAAGCAAAUGCGCGCCAAGGCGCUGCAGGCCAAGACGAGCAGCAGCAGCAACAACAACAGCAACAGUAUCAAUAAGAAUGGGCCAACGACAUCGCGACGUGGCAAGAGCAGAAGCAGCGAUGGCAGCGAUGAAUCCGACAGCGGCAGUGGCUCGGAGACGAGCUCCAUAAGUGAAUCGGAGGGCACAGAUUCCAGCAAUUCCUACAGCUCACAGCCGCCAACGGGCAAAUCAAAUGCCAAGGGCAAGCGAGCAGUCGGAGGAGGAGCAGCAGGAGACAGCGAGGAGGAGCGCAAAGACAAGGCGAAUCCGAUGAGAAAGCUUACACGUUCCCUAAGCAUGCGACGCUCCAAGCAGCAGCAACCGAAACCGGGCAGUGAAACGGAAUCGGAUGCAGAUCUCGAUCAGGAGGAGGAUGACAAACAGCGUGUGCUGUCCAAGAGUCCAGCUAAGAAAUCCGCCACAGCUGCCGGUCUCAACAGCAACAGCAACAACAACAGCAGCAACAGCAGCAGCAGCACCAAGUGCAAGGUGAAAAAGGAAAGCGGAGUAUUGAGUUGCCUCAAAUCGCGUCCAGUCUCGCCGGCUGUGCAGCUGGAGAAGAAGUGUCCCAUCGAGGGCUGCGAUUCCUCUGGCCAUUUGAGCGGCAACCUGGACAGACACUUUCUACCAGAGGCCUGCCCCAUUUAUCACAACAUGUCCGCCUCGGAGUGCAAGGAGCGUGCCAAUGAACGAAAGCUGCGCAACGAGCAGCGUCUCAAGUUGCCCAUCAACAUUGUCAGCGCGCCGGGAAAUCAGAACAGCAAUCUCAAAUCCCUGACGACCGAGCAACGAGAAUUUCUGGCCAAAAUACGCGAAUCUCGUGCUAAUUUUCGGCCCAUUAGCAACAACUUUUUGAAUGACAAGGUCAAGCUGGACAAAGACUGCACGGAUGAGGACCGCGAACCGAAUCUGGCGGGCCUGGUGCCCGACUAUGAUUUGCAGCUGUUUCGCGAGGCGCAAGCUCAGGCCUCCGAGCGCAUUGAGGAUGAGCUCAAGGAUCUGCCUGUGGGCAAGGGCAUCAAAUACAUCAGCAUGGGCAAGUACAAAAUGAAAGUCUGGUAUCAAUCUCCAUAUCCGGAUGAUGCUGCUCGCCUGCCCAAGAUGUACAUUUGUGAGUUUUGCCUGCGCUAUCAGAAAUCGGAGACGGGCAUCAAACGUCAUGCUGAGAAAUGUGUGUGGCGUCAUCCGCCUGGCGAUGAAAUCUAUCGCAAGGGCAAGUUGCAAGUGUGGCAAGUGGAUGGCAAACGUUAUAAGCAAUAUUGUCAGCAUCUCUGCCUGCUGGCCAAGUUCUUCCUGGACCACAAGACGCUCUACUAUGACGUGGAGCCGUUUCUCUUCUACAUCAUGACCUUGGCCGAUGUCGAUGGCUGUCACAUUGUCGGCUAUUUUAGCAAACAUAUACCAUUCCUGCAGGAAAAGAACUCGUUCUAUAAUGUAUCGUGUAUUUUAACCUUGCCCCCAUAUCAACGCAAAGGCUACGGCAGACUACUCAUCGAUUUCAGCUAUCUGCUAACCCGUGUGGAGGGCAAAAUUGGUUCGCCAGAGAAGCCGCUAUCCGAUCUGGGACUCAUAUCAUAUCGCUCCUACUGGAAAGAUGUGCUGCUCGACUAUCUAUGCAAUCGUUCCGGCAAUACACUCUGCAUCAAGGAUGUCUCACAGGAAAUGGCCAUAUACUCCUAUGAUAUUGUCAGCACGUUACAGGCGCUGGGCAUGAUGAAAUACUGGAAGGGCAAGCAUAUAGUGCUCAAAAAGCAGGAUGUGCUGGAUGAGUAUGAGGAGCGUGUAAAGCGUCGAGGAACAUUUCCCAAAAUCGAUGACUCUUGUCUGCGCUGGCAACCUUUUAUUCCGGCGCAACCGAGUGAAUCACCAUAACCACGAUGUUGGAAGCACUCCUCGACGUGCUUUGUGGACUCCUCCUAAUAAUAAUUACGAUUAAAAUUGUGCAUAGAGAUUGGAUACUAAUUUGAUGUAUAGUGCUUAAGACCUCAAGUAUUUGUAAUUGUAUUUGUAUAUGUUGGUAGCUAAUUGAUAGUAUGUAUCAAUAUUCAUAGUGAAAAUUCCUAAAUUCUGAUUCUGAUAUUGACUUAAAUAUACUCAAGAUGCGAACAAAUUCUUGAAAAGCAAGAA